CCUUCUCUCAAUCUGUCUCAAAAAUAAAUAAACGUUAAAAAAUUUAUUUAAAAAAAAGAUGGUUUAACCCUAUCUAAUCAGCAAGGCGUUUCCAUGGUAAUAUUCCAUGUAGGUCGAGUGGUAAGUUGGGCAUUCCCGUUCAUUGCCAGGGGAAGGGCCAGCUGAUGGAAAAGUUGGCCAAAUGAGUGAAGAGAACUUAAAAUGCACAUAUCCUUUAACCCAGUGCUUCUGUGUCUAAGCAUUCAUCGUAAGGACUUACCAGAAAUAAGGACUCACGGUGUUGCCUGCAAUUUUGUUGAGAAGAGCCAAAAAUUGAAGAAAAAAAAAAUGUCCAACAAAAGCUGAAUGACUAAAUGUAUCACAUGUGUAUAUCCCCCCAAGGUAGUAUCAUGCAGCCAUUUUUAAGUCAUUAUUUUGCUCAUUAUUUAUAGAAAGAGGGAACAUUUCAAGUGAAAUAAAGGAACUACAGUAUUCAGGGUGAUUUUUUUCUCCUUUAUACUUGAAAGCAUUUUCUGGAUUUUCUAUACUGGUGACUUCUGUGAUAAGAAACAAGAGUUGAUAUCCAUUUUCUAAUACCCAUAUAAACACCAUUUGGUGGCUCCAGGUAAGCCUCUUGCUUCUGAUGUACCAUCAAUUAAAGCAGCUUGAGAGCCCAGCGACAUCUCUACAUCUCAUCUCUGCCACCCCACCCACCACUUCAGAGCUUAGAGCCUUCAUUGCAUUUCUGUAUCUGUUUGCCUCUAAACAUGAACGAAUGACCUGCACCCUCCUUUGCUUGCGUUGGGCUGGUUCCCACUGCCCUUCCCAAAGAAAGGAAGAAAAGAAUGUGAUCUUUUAUUUUCAUGUGCAUCCUCUCUCACUGUCUGUGCGUACCUAGGUGUCUGCUUUAUUGUGGGUGCCAGUUGGGGUGGGUUAGAAAGAAAUGCUAGUUUCUUCUGCCUUGUGGAAAAACACUGACCCUAUCUUUGUUCUUGUCCCACAGAUAUGAUGCUGCCUCUUGUGUUUAGCCAUUGGAGCAGUUACAGUUUUUUGUGCUGAGAUCAUUCUGAACACUCAAACACUAGACUUCAGCAUUCAAGGGAAGCCAAAGCCAUUGGAGGGGGAAUAAAGCCCAAAGCCUUUUAUCUGAUUUGCUCCAAAAAUUUCACUGCCCCUUCCCUACCCACCCCCCUCCCCAAAUUUAAGCUGUUGCACACAGACAGACGGCAUGGCGAGCAAGCGAAAAUCCACAACCCCGUGCAUGGUUCGGACAUCACAAGUAGUAGAACAAGAUGUGCCCGAGGAAGGAGACAGGGCCAAAGAAAAAGGAAACAGCACAACACAGCCUGAAACAACCAAGGACAGUUGGACAGUAGAACCCGAGAACUCUUCCAAAGAAAAUGAAGUGAUAGAGGUGAAAUCUACAGGGGAAAACCAAUCCAAAAAACUCCAAGGUGGUUAUGAAUGCAAAUACUGCCCCUACUCCACGCAAAACCUGAACGAGUUCACGGAGCACGUUGACACGCAGCACCCCAACGUGAUUCUCAACCCCUUAUACGUGUGUGCCGAAUGUAACUUCACAACCAAAAAGUACGACUCCCUGUCUGACCACAACUCCAAGUUCCAUCCCGGGGAGACCAACUUCAAGCUGAAGUUAAUCAAGCGCAAUAAUCAAACUGUCUUAGAGCAGUCCAUCGAAGCCACCAACCACGUCGUGUCCAUCACCACCAGCGGCCCCGGAAGCGGCGACGGUGAUCCCGGAAUCUCAGUGAGUAAAACCCCCAUCAUGAAGCCAGGGAAACCAAAAGCCGAUGCCAAGAAGGUGCCCAAGAAGCCGGAGGAGGCCACGCCCGAGAACCACGUGGAAGGGACUGCCCGCCUGGUGACAGACGCGGCUGAGAUCCUCUCGAGACUCGGAGGCGUGGAGCUCCUCCAGGACACAUUAGGGCACGUCACGCCUUCUGUCCAGCUCCCACCAAAUAUCAACCUUGUCCCGAAGGUCCCCGUCCCGCUGAAUACUACCAAAUACAACUCUGCCCUGGACACGAAUGCCACCAUGAUCAACUCCUUCAACAAGUUCCCUUACCCGACCCAGGCCGAGUUGUCCUGGCUGACAGCUGCUUCCAAACACCCAGAAGAGCACAUCAGAAUCUGGUUUGCCACACAGCGCUUAAAGCAUGGCAUCAGCUGGUCCCCGGAGGAGGUGGAGGAGGCCCGGAAAAAGAUGUUUAAUGGCACUAUCCAGUCAGUACCCCCCACGAUCACCGUGCUGCCGGCCCAGCUGGCGCCCACAAAGAUGUCACAGCCCAUCCUCCAGACAGCUCUGCCGUGCCAGAUUCUCGGCCAGACCAGCCUGGUGCUGACUCAGGUGACCAGCGGAUCAACAACGGUCUCCUGCUCCCCCAUCACGCUUGCCGUGGCCGGAGUGACCAACCAUGGCCAAAAAAGGCCUUUAGUGACUCCCCAGGCCGCCCCCGAGCCCAAGCGUCCACACAUAGCUCAGGUGCCAGAGCCCCCGCCCAAGGUGGCCAACCCUGUGCUGACGCCAGCCAGUGACCGCAAGAAGACAAAGGAGCAGAUUGCGCAUCUCAAGGCAAGCUUUCUCCAGAGCCAGUUUCCUGACGAUGCUGAGGUCUAUCGGCUCAUCGAGGUGACCGGCCUUGCCAGGAGUGAGAUCAAGAAGUGGUUCAGCGAUCACCGGUAUCGGUGUCAAAGAGGCAUCGUCCACAUCACCAGCGAAUCCCUUGCCAAAGACCAGUUGGCCAUCGCAGCCUCCCGACACGGCCGCGCGUACCACGCGUACCCGGACUUUGCCCCACAGAAAUUCAAAGAAAAAACACAGGGUCAGAUUAAAACCCUGGAGGACAGCUUUUUGAAAAGCUCUUUCCCGACCCAAGCAGAACUGGAUAGACUAAGGGUGGAAACCAAGCUGAGCAGGAGAGAGAUCGAAUCCUGGUUCUCAGAGAGACGGAAGCUUCGGGACAGCAUGGAACAAGCAGUCUUGGAUUCCAUGGGGACUGGCAAAAAAGGCCAAGAUGUGGUGGCCCCCAAUGGUGCUCUGUCUCGACUUGACCAGCUCUCCGGUGCCCAGUUAGCCAGUUCUCUGCCCAGCCCUUCACCAGCAAUUACGAAAAAUCAAGAACAGGUACAUCUCCUGCGGAGCACGUUUGCAAGAACCCAGUGGCCUACUCCCCAGGAGUAUGACCAGUUAGCAGCCAAGACGGGCCUGGUCCGAACUGAAAUUGUGCGCUGGUUCAAAGAGAACAGGUGCUUGCUAAAAACCGGAACCUUAAAGUGGAUGGAGCAGUACCAGCACCAGCAGAUAGCGGGAGAUCACGGUUACGACGCCCCACCAAGGAAAGCAGUGAAAGCCGUCAUCACUGAGAGCCCAAAGAAUGGAAGUGACGUGGGUCAGCAACAUUACAAGGACCCCAAAAAGCUCUGUGAAGAGGACUUGGAGAAGCUGGUACCCAGGGUGAAAGUGAGCAACGAGCAAGCCAAGGAUGGUGUGCCGGCCAAGCCUUCUGAAGCCACCUCGGACAGGUCGGAGGGCAGCAGCCGGGACGGCCAGGGCAGCGACGAGAAUGAGGAGUCGGGCGUUGUGGAUUGGGUGGAGGUCACGGUCGGAGAGGAGGACGCCAUCUCAGACAGGUCGGAUAGCUGGAGUCAGACAGCAGCCGAAGGCACCGCAGAACAGGCCGGCUCGGACUCCGACAGCAUCCCUGCCGAGGCUGGCCAGGCCUAACAGGGAAGUCUGUCAGAACUGCAUUGCUGAUAAAGGGGACGCUCUGUCUUUGAGGAAGGAAGAGGACCUCCCUCCCCGGCCGUGGGCCACCCUGGUCAGAGGCUCCAAGUGGAACCACUUAGCCGGCGUGUGGCUGCUGGGUGCCGGAGCCCCAGCCUUCACACACACCCCGCCCGGAGGACCGGCGGGAAUUGUUCAUAGUGCCAAAGUCCUACUACUGCGUUUUCAAUGGGUCCUUGUAAAUAGUUUGCUCCUCUGCCCUGGCCCCCACUUCUUGCUAUACUGGAACCAAUUUGUACGAUGUGGGAAUUUUGUUACCUUUUUAAUCAAGGGCAACGUCCUUUUCCAGCACUACCAUUGUAAGGUUUUUUUCCAGGAGGGAGGGCUGAUCACAUGUGCUUUUCUCUUUUUCCUUUUUUUUUUUUUAAUCUUUAUUUUAUUAAUUUUGGGGAGGGGGGGAAUGUUAGCAUUAGUGCCAUUAUAUCUACUGGAUUUUAGGUAGGGAGAGUUCGUUUUAUUAAAAGUAGUUUGAAAUUUGGGAGAUUUCUCCGUGGGAAGGGCUAGGAUUUGGGCUUCUGUCUGAACUUUGAGAGGGUUUCACAGAUGGCACAUCUUCCAGAUCAAGCCCAUUUUUGGUUCUCCCUCCCCCACCAGCCACCUCUGGGGUCCCUGUUUAGCCACGCACAGGGCUUUCCGAACUGCCAACAGGUGGAUCUGGUUUUCUCCGCCGCCUGGCCUCUUGGGCUGACCUUGGGCGUUGCCAGCACCAGAGAACUAGGGAGCAGGUGGCUCCCUCUUUCAGCGUCUUGUUAGAUACCAGCAGAAAGGGCUUCCACAUUUCUAGCAUUAUCGUUACUUUUGUGAAACUCCAACAAAAAGAGGUCUUCCUAUCUAGAUGGUACAAAAAUGAACAACUUUGGUUUUGAUUUCUGUUCCUAACUGCCUUUUCUCGGUGUGGUAUUUGACAAGAUUUCAGCCUGAAGCCUCACCAUGAUCUGAUUUUUUUUGUUCGUGUUUGUUUUUGGGCCAAUUUUAGAUUCCUGAGUGCACUUUUGUUUUUUGUUGGUUUUUUUUUUUUUUUUCCAAUUAGUCCUAACUUUUAAAGAGGAAAAACCAAGAGACAUAUCUGGUGUAAAUGUUGCAAUAUGAAUUGUGUUUGCAACCCCCUCCCCCCCCACCCCCCAUUUGGGUAUACUGCACAAAUAAAAUGCUAGGGAGUUUGGAAAAAAAACAUUUUUUCUAACUUGUUGCUCAUUUGUUGUAACUCAAUAAAGCAGAGACUAAACAUUUUUAUAACCUUU